AUCUUAAAAGGAGGAGCAAAACUCUGAAUAAUGAGCAGCUGUUCAACUGAAGUGGCAGAAAAAACAAAACGCAUGUAGCAAAAGGCCACAUUAUACACGUUGAAUCCUUCUUCUCCUCGUUUUUACUCCAUUUGUUAGGCAAAUGCUAAAUCCAAUUAAUUCUCAGCUACUGUGAAUGCUUCCCUAUCUUCUUCUUAGUAUUCAGUAGUAGUAAUCUUGUUUUCUGCUAUGUUAACAUUUAUCUCACCCAUACCAAUUGGAGGACCAAAUGUGAAAUGCUCCAAGAAUUCGAACCCUUUAAGGAUCUUGUCUGCUCAUGAUUUUCCAGAUUUUCUACCUAAACAAAUUGACAAAGUUAAAGAUCUUUAUGCUAGAAAAAUGGCUUCAAGAAUUGAGAGAAUACCAGUAAACUUUUCAAAGGGUUGUGUGAUGAGUAGUUGUGUGAAGCCAAAAGAACAGAAAGAGGCCAAUCCUGUUGUACUUCUCCAUGGUUUUGAUAGCACAUGUUUAGAGUGGAGGUACACGCUUCCAUUGCUUGAGGAGGCAGGUUUGGAGACCUGGGCAGUUGAUGUUCUUGGAUGGGGUUUCUCUGAUCUAGGAAGGCUUCCAUCGUGUGAUGUAGCUUCCAAGCGUGAUCAUCUUUACCAGCUGUGGUCUACGUACAUCAAGAGGCCAAUGGUACUUGUCGGACCGAGUCUUGGAUCUGCUGUUGCUAUCGACUUCUCUGUCCACUAUCCAGAAGCUGUGGAUAGGCUGGUUUUAAUCGAUGCAAGCGUUUAUGCAGAAGGUACAGGAAACCUCGCGAAGUUACCCAAAGCAUUAGCUUAUGCUGCGGUCUAUUUGUUGAAAAGCAUACCACUUCGGUUAUAUGCAGCGUCAUUGUUUUUUAAUGGCUUACCAUUAAGUACGUGUAUAGACUGGACUAAUAUAGGUCGUUUACAUUGUUUAUUACCUUGGUGGGAGGAUGCAACAGUCAAUUUCAUGAUCAGCGGAGGUUACAACGUCAUUGAUCAGAUAAAACAUGUCAAGCACAAAACACUAAUAAUAUGGGGUGAAGAUGACCAAAUUAUUGACUACAAGCUUGGAGUGAGAUUGUAUUGUGAACUUCAAAAUGCGACUCUACGCCAAAUACCAAAGUGUGGCCACAUCCCUCAUGUGCAGAAUCCCGAUGUUGUCUCCAGGUUGAUUGUUGAAUUUGUUCAAUCUGAUCGAUCACAAAGGCCAAAACCUGACUCUGUCUCCACCAUUUCUGUUCCUGUGAUUACUAGCACUUGUACGAGCAGAUACGUAGCACAUCCCAUAUGUGGAAAUCUGACUUCCUGAUUCAACAUAGUCAUGAGGUUAGUUUGCCAGCUUCAAUGGUGAACUAUGAUUUCAUUCUUUAAACAAUGUCGGCGAUAUUACCAUCGUACCAAAGGUGCUUUGGCGUCCAGUACAUAGUGUAAUAAACUGAACACUUUAAGCAAUCAGCAUUCUGGUACAUAUUUCUUUCAGUUUUACUUCGAUACUCAGAGCUAGAGUUUAUGGCCGGUGAGUCAUAGCUUGGAGCAAUGCAAGCCUUAGUUUGCCGAGCUACUCGAUUCAUGCUGGUGGGAGGUAGCAGCUAGGCGAAUAGCCGAGGAGCACUCAAGCUGGCCCAAGCACCACAGUUAUGAAAAAAAAUAGAUCGGGGCAGUGUUGAACUUUUGUUAUGUAAUGUAUCUUGAAUUAUCCUUGAACCAUACUGGAAUUUCAGAGUUGCGUUCUGAUGGUUUUGUUUCUCCUCCAAGUUUGUUAUGUAAGAGGUAGAAAGUUUGUGAUGCUAAUCUCAUUUUGUGUCAUUUACCAGUUGUGUAAUCCCGUAAAUGGGGUCUGGGAAGGUUAAUGUGCGAAGAACUUACCCCUAUCUUUCUGGGAUAGCGAGGUUGUGUUUGAUAAAUCUUCGACUCAAAAACAAAUAGCUGCUGCAUAAUUGUAUCAGAAUAUUCUACGUAGUUGUAUUAAUACAUAUAUUUUCACGUUCCUUUUA